CUAAUUUACUAUUGCGUUUCUGGGCAGUUUUAAACGUGUUUUUUGUUGCUGUUGAUGUUGUUUUCGAUAGUAGUAGGUAAAGUCUCAUUGUUAAAGUCAACAAAGGAAUAGAGUAAAGUUGCGUCGUAUCUGACUUGUAGCCUAUCUGGAACUAAUGGAUGGAAAAGUACUAAUGGAAAAGUUUUGCCAGAGCAGAUGUUACAGCGCAGCCAAAUGGAAGUGUUCUUUAAGAAUAGAGGAACUAUGUCUACAGCAUCGAGCCUGAGUCUCAUGAAGUCAGCAGACCUGAUAAAGAAAGAGCCUUUGGAUUAUGGAGGGUUUGGGGAAGUUUACCUGUGUUACCACAAAACACUAGGCCAGGUGGUGCUAAAGACGGUCUACACAGGACCACCACGCAAUGGCCGCCAGAAGCAGUCUCUUCUGGAUGAAGGCAGCCUGAUGAGCAGACUAAACCAUCAGCGAGUGGUCAAGCUGCUGGGUGUUAUUCUGGAAGACGGAGACUAUUCUUUAGUAAUGGAGCUCAUUCCUAAAGGCAACCUGCUCACCAUGCUGGAGACGGUGACCGUUCCAAUAUCUGUGAAAGGAAGGAUCAUUCUGGAAAUCUUGGAGGGAAUGGUUUAUCUCAUGGAGAACCAAGUUAUUCACAAAGAUCUAAAACCUGAAAACAUUCUGGUGGACAAGCAUUUCCAUAUAAAAAUAGCAGAUCUCGGUUUGGCCACAUCUGAGACAUGGAGCAAGCUGACGAAAGAGGAAUCUCGCCGUCAAAGUCGCCUGGGCAAGAAGUCCUGUGUGCGCGGUGCUGGUACGCUGUGCUAUAUGGCCCCAGAGCACCUCGAGAGCAUCCACACCCGCUCCACUGAAAAAUCUGACGUCUACAGUUUUGCCAUUGUAGUUUGGGUCAUCCUCACGGGCCGCGAGCCAUAUGAAAAUGCCAGAAGUGAGGACCAUAUCUGCCACUGUGUGUGUCAGGGGGAACGGCCCAGUGAAGCACUCAUCCCAAGUGACACACCUCAAGAGAUCAUAGACCUUAUGAAGACAUGCUGGGAUAAGGAUAGUCAGUGCCGGCCCACAUUUAAAGAUAGCUAUGAGAAGUUUUUACCUUUUUACCAAGAUAAGCUGGAACCAAAUGUAAAAGAGGAUUUGGAAAGUCUGAUGAGAUUGUAUGAGGGCCCUGAGGAGCUUGUAGAAAAGCUGAAAUCCCUCACAACGGACUCACUCACUCCUGAAGACCCUCUGCCAUCUUCCAGAGACUCUCCAGCAUCCUUGAGGAGCUCAGAGAUCGGGCCGGUGGAGGCCAGCAUUGAAGACCUCAGCUUCAGGCCGUCUGAAGAUUCAGGCCAUCUGGAGAUUGAUGCAGCACCUCCCAGCUCUCCCCAUCUAGAGCUAAAACUGGCACAAGAGUACAACUAUCACAAAUAUGGUAGUCGUAUAGUCGAUCAGCCUGACAUGGCAUCACACAGCAUCUAUAAUCCACUCCCACAGCAACCUGCCAGUAGCAGGUUGGCCGGAGAUGUUUCUUCUCAGAUGUCUUCUGUAAAGUCUUGGACUAAACCCACCACUUACCCAACCCCACAGGACAAUCUCUAUCUGAGACCUGCCGCUGCAAAUUCGUUUGAUGAUUUUCAAAGGCCAGAAUUUGCAGGUCAACUUUCAGUGCCGCAUUCUGAGUAUGACAGACUUCAUCAUCCUCAUCAUCCAUCGUAUGAUCGUUUCAAGUCCUGCCCAGAAAGUGUAUCUGCAGCAGAGUCUCUCAUGCCGGAAUCAAACCCUGGCCUGCGUUUUAACUCGCCUCUCAUUUGUCCUCCGUCUGACUCAGGUUGGCCUGUGAACAUCUCAAAUGCUAGUGCAAUUCAAAUCGGGAGUUGGAACACAAUGAAUUUGCGAAUAUCUGAUAACAGUCCCUUCAGCUCAUUAUCCAUUGGAUCCGCCAGCAGAACCAGAUAUAAUGAGCUUCUGUUGAAGUAUGAGGACCACACCGUCACUGAAGGUCACCUGGAGCUUGUGCGUCAGAACGUCGGUGGCAACUGGAAGCAAGUGGCUCGUAAACUGGGGCUGACCGACAUAGAUGUGGAUACCAUCGAGCAUGACUAUGACCGUGAUGGCUUGGCAGAGAAAGUGCACCAGAUGCUGGAGCGCUGGAAGAUGAAGGAGGGUCUGCUGGGCAUCACCGUGGGUAAACUGUGCCGUGCACUGGAGGGCUGCAUCAAAUCAGGCGUCCUCCUGCAGCUGCUGUUUAAGUCUCAAGACUGUGCUGCAGUCCCCUGAAACACCACUGUAGGGUUGUGUGAUAAUUACUUUCUUCACUGGAGGGUUGGAUCGGAUGGGGUGAAACAGGGAACUCUCCCAACCGUUAUCAAAAGGUGAACCAUUACAGGGCUGUGCAGUAUUUUUGACAAAAUAACAUCCAUCGAUGUUACACAGUGUAUUCAUUUUUACUGGACUGGACGCAUGUAGGAUGCUACAGAAUAAUGAUUACAAUUCUUUAUAAUGCUGUAAACACAUGAUAACAUGUCUUUCUGCCAUGUAAUUUGAGUUCAUAAUAGAUCCCUACAAUCUGUUUUUGGUAACUGACAUUCUCCUGAACUUGAUCAGUUGAAUCAACCUUUUUUUUCAAGGAUUACAUGUUAUGAUUGUAGGAUGCUGUAUUUUGAUUUUUCUGUUUAGGGAUUUGUUUAAAAUGAAAUGCUGGUAUAAAGAUGGGUGACAAAUUAAAUGAAAAACCAACAUACAAGAAGUAUAGAGUUGGGUCACCACAUGUUGCCAGAAGAAACACCUUUCUUCAAAAAGAAAUUCACUCACUUGGUCUUUUGAUGGUGGUAGUGGGGAGCACUGUCUGCAUGAGUCCAAAAUAUUCCUUCAGCCUGAGAUCUGGGAUCUGAUGUAUAAACGUUGUGUACUCACAAAAUGGGGAUUGAUAUGCUUAUGCAUCACUCAUUAACUGAUGUGAGCGAAGUAAUGAAGUAAACAAACUCUACAUUUGAAAAUCCCAGGUUUUGCUAUCCAGGAUCAGGUAAUCCAUUUUACUUUUGUGGUGGUUUUUCAAAGCAAAAUCGGAUUGGAUCACUCGGAUCCAGAUACAUACUUUUUCAGUUUACCAAAUCUGGAUUAGCAGAUUCACUAGUUAUUUAACUAGUUAUUAUAGUUCAUAAAGUUUUUGGGGGGUGAACUAUCCCUUUAACGGUUAAAGGGUAAACUAAUCAAGAGCAAAAUAAAAAUAUAAAUGUGUGCAUACAUUA